ACCAGUCUGCAUUAUCGUCUAUGUUCGAUGUACGGCCACACCAUCAUUGUUGUUGAUGAAGGGCUAGUUCAGUAGUUGCAUACCUUGUCGAGGAGAAAUAGACUAGACGUGAGUCAGUUUCAAAAAAUAACACUGUUGAUGGUAGAUUGUCUACAGACUGUACAGACUAGUGAGUCUAGCGUGGGGGAAGUGCUGUUCCAAGUAUUAGUUAGGUCAGGAUCAGGUAUGGAGCGACCGUCGGAAGACUCGCUUCUACUAGACCUGGGAUUGGCUAGAGGUCAAAUAGCCUAUCUUGGUGUUUUCGCCGUCAGUGAAGACAAUCAGGCUGGCGCAGGUGGUGAUGCCGCUGUGUUUCGAGUAGAAUGGCAAGGAAUACCCGUAGCUGCCAAGGUCUUACAUCAUCUCCUCGUUGAGCCAGGUGUCCAGGGCAGGCGCGAGAAACUAAGACGGUUUGGAGGUGAAGUGUCCACCCUCUCCGGUUUGCACCACCCCAAUCUCUGCCAAAUAUUGGGUGUUGGUGUAACCGCUGAUCGCGGCUUGCCAGCUCUGGCAAUGGAGCUCCUGGAUUCGACUCUGCAGGACUGUAGUGUUGGCGAUGGCCGGCUUGACGAUGCCACCCUGUUGGGUUUCCUGUCCGACGCAAUAGCCGGUGUCCGCUACCUACACAGCAGAAGCCCUCCUAUUAUUCAUCGCGACUUGACCUUGAAAAACAUCCUCAUCAAAGGCCAAACCGCCAAGGUCUGUGAUCUUGGCGUGGCCCGCGCGAUUCAAAGGAGUUUUGCUCUUUUGCUGGAAGACCUGACCACUUGCCCCGGCACGAUCCUGUACAUGCCGCCGGAAGCCUUGAAAGAGCCUGCCGUAUAUGAUCGGUCUCUCGACAUAUUUUCCUUUGGUGUGCUGUCCCUGAGCGUUUUAGUCGGCGCUAAUCCCUCACGAGAUCUGCUCGGCGCACCUCGCUCACGGCUGGUUCAGCGCCCUGAUGGAACGAGCGAGGAACAAGAGAUUGCUGAAGUGGAACGUCGUCGUUCGGCCUUACAACAAGUGCGGAAUGGACAUCCACUGAAAGCGUCAAUUCAGCGUUGUCUCGCUAACCACGCCAUUGAUCGCCCGACGGCUGCAGAGAUGCACACGCAAGUGAAGGAGGUGGCACGUCUCGCCAAAGAGUUGUCUUCGCCUCAUCCUUCCAACGUACCACCAGCAGUUGUACGUCGACUGGACUCAAUCUCCGAACAGCUAGCCCAGCAAGCUACAUCCAUCACUGCAUUGUCGGCACGCAGUGAUGCGCUAGAGGAGCAGCUUACAGCGGCCAUUACCAACAACCAAACCACAACACAACAACAACUGACUGAUACACAACAGCAACUUACGGCCAUUACCGACAACCAGACAACAGCACAGCAACAACUAACUGCUACUCAACAACAACUUUCAACGGCGAUUACCAACAACCAUGCUGCUACUCAACAACAACUGACCAUGACACAACAACAACUGACUGCUACUCAACAACAACUGACUGCUACUCAACAACAACUGACUGCAACACGUGACCAAGUAUCCACAGUUCAAGACGAACAGAGUUCAGCAACGCAACGACUCACUGAACAUCUGGAGACCAUUGCUCAAAAUCAGGAAACGACACAACAACUGACUGCUACUCAACAACAACUGACUGCUACUCAACACACUAUACACAACGAACAAACCACCACAAAUCACCGAUUGCAAACUCUCGCCGACCAGCUGCAUGAUACAAACCUACAAUUUGAAAAGCAAACGACAACACUGACACAGGCUUUCCCCCAGAUCACAGCAUUGGCCAAAGACGUUUCGUCGGCUUCUGGCCGGCUUUCAACGAUGCCUGCUUCCACCCUCCAGCUGCAGGUAAGGCCUACUACUGCACCAGAACGCCUGUCAAGUUCUGUUUCUGCCACGUCCUCUGCUACAACAACUGCGGUACCUGUUUCUAGUCCCAUUGCUGCACAAGACAGCUGCUCAAGUUCAGCUUAUGCCACUGCCUCUGUCCCUGCCUCUCCUACAGCAACGAGAAUGCAGUUAAGGCCUACCACUGUCACAGAAAGUCUGCCAAGUUCUGAUUCUGCCACUGCCUCUGAUGCAACAGCUACGGUACCUGCUUCUAGUCCCAUUGCUGCACCAGAGCGUACAUCAAGUUCAGUUUCUGCCACUGCCUCUGCCACUGCCAAUGCCGCUACCACUGCCAAUGCCGCUACCACUGCCACUGUCAAUGCCACUGUCAAUGCCACUGUCAAUGCCACUGCCACUGCAACAAGAGCACAGGCCACAGGAGCUGCAAGCACAAUUGAUUCAUCUGUUGGUAGAGGAUAUCAUGUCUUACCUGCUAUGCCAACACCAGCACAGAUUGCUAACAUCAACAAACGCAGAACGUGGAACAAGUUAGAAGUACAGCAGCAUGGCAACCAUGCCAAGCUCGCCACGUACAGUGACAAACUGGUUGCUGUGUGGCAUGUUGGCGUGGACGUCACCAAGAUCAUGAAGACAUCAGACCUGCAGACAUGGCACAGUAUUGAGCUACCAAGGAAAUACAGUAACUUGGCUGGCCCAUCACUGGCAUCCCAUGGUGAUAUGCUGUACAUGCACUGUGAAACCUACACCAAGACAUGGAUUCGCACCACCAGGAUUGUGCGGUCUAUCCUGCAGUACUGCGACACACCAGAUAACGGUGAUAGCGGCCGUAGUAGUAGUAGUGGUGGUGGUCAGUGGACCAAACUUACGAACGUUCAGCACGCUAGCUAUCCCUGGUGUACUCUACAUGUAUGUGAUGAUGCUAUUUCUCUGUAUGGUGGCCAGCAUGGUGAUGGAACACAGCACAGUCAUGUUAGCACCUAUUCUCUAGCUAGCCAGCAGUGGAGCUCUUCUUCACCAUCCAAUGCUAGCCUAGUAUUACCUUCAUUGCCACAACCAUGCAGCGACGCAUCACUUGUCCUGUUCCCUGAUUCACUGUACAUAGUUGGUGGUGUUACUGGUUGUUUUCUCAAACACCAUGAUGGCAGGUGGGUGUCCACCACUCCACCUGAUGGUGUUAAGCUGGUGGGUAGCGCAGCAUGCGCACUGUCUGACCAUUGCAUGGUUAUUUCCCCCUACACUCCUUCUGCUGAGUGUGUUGUAUAUGAUAUUAAUUCAUCUGGUCAGGUCUAUCCACUACCAGCUAUGGUUGCAGAUAGUAGGUUCACUCCAUCUCUCAUACUGUUUGGCAGUACCCUGGUACUCAGUGUAGCUGGACGUGGCCAUAGUCCUGGUUCUCUGUACACACUGGAUAUGAGUGUGUGAGUGUAGUGGGUUACUAACUACAAUCAAUCACUGAUGAUGAGUGCAGUAUGCAAACCGUUAUGCAUAAUACUUUCUCUUUUCCAUCAGACUGUUGAUAAUAUCAGUGUUUUCACAUCACUGCGGCUGUCCAGUAAUUUUGCUCCAAAAUUUUUUGUUCCAAAAACUAGUUUCACGCCGCAACGUCCCCUGUCCAUAAUACCCAGACUGACAAGUACAUGUAUAAGUGAAACUCACUCUCAUCUGUAUACUCCGUUA